CCAGCGACCACGUGACCGGAAGUGGCGGCUGAACGCGCGGAAGACCGAAAGUCCAAAAAGAGGGUAAGGGAGACCCGAGCCGGAGUCAGGAUCCCCCAGGGGCACCAUUAUGAUUUGCCCCAUCUCUUGAGAACAUGGAGGAAGUCCCUGAGGACUCCAGCAAUAGGAUGGCUCUACCUCCUCAAGAGGACUCUAGUUCAUCACAGCAAUCACAUUUCAAGCCUAGCAAGAGGUCAAGGUCCUCGGUUCUGGUUGGGCCCCCCCAGAAGAAAAAGAAGAGAAAAAGUUCGCGGAGACGGCCAUCUGCAAGGGUUGGUUACCACAUUCAUGAAGCUGAGGACAUGCUGCUGAUUGUACCCAAUCUGGAAGAGCCAGCACCACGGGCCCACAGGAAAAAGGCUUGCCAUCUCAGGAAGUUAGCUCGACCAAAGGUCCAGCAGUCGAAGUGUCACCAGCCACGUCGAGUGGAGAACCCAAACAAUGCAGAUCUCAGCCUAGUGCAGGGGAGGCAGUCUUCUCCUCAGGACAGUACUACUUUAGGGCCGGGCUGGGGAGACCAUAUUCCUCUGGAGAUCUUGGUUCAAAUAUUCCAAGUGUUAGUGGCAUCUGAAGGGGCAGUGCCCUUCCUUUGCAGGGCUGCCCGGGUGUGCCGCCUGUGGUAUGAUGCUGCUUCCCACUCCGUGCUGUGGCAGAAGGUGUCUCUGGCCCCACCUUGGCCUUCUCGCUCAAAAGGUCCUCCAUCAAAGUUGGAGAAGAGGAUUCUCAGUUCUCUAGAAUGGCUGGUGCCCAACAGGUUUUCAUUACUCCGGGAGCUCUCUCUAUCUCACUGGAAAAACUAUGUACCUCUGAUGCUGAAGGCUGUCAGUGAGUCUUGUCCCCACCUCGCAUCUCUCAAGCUUUCCCACUGUCAGUCAGUGACAGCAGAGGCCUUGGUCACUCUGCCGAGGGCCUGCCCCCAGCUGGAUAGCCUCAAUCUGCAGAACUCCCAGGUGGAGUCAGCAGCAGUAGUUGGCUUUCUGGAGGCAGCAGGCAAACAACUCAGGCAAUUGUGGCUAACUUAUAGUAGCCAAAUGACCUCCAUCAUCUCCUCAUUGUCGAAUGGAUGCUGCCCCCAGCUUCAGGUCCUUGAGGUGGACACAGGGAUAAAACCCAAUAGUCAACACUUUCAGCUGCACAUUGAAGCUCUGCAAGCUGGCUGUCCCCAGCUCCAGGUCCUACGGUUACUGAACUUGGUUUGGUCUCCCAAGAUGGGAGGGCGUGGGGUACCCCUGGGGCCUGGUUUCCCAGACCUGGAGGAGCUCUGCCUGGCCACAUCCACCAUUACCUAUGUGAGUGACGAGGUCCUGCACCGCCUGCUGCACAGAUCUCCUCGCCUUCGGGUACUGGACCUCCGAGGCUGUGCCCGCCUCACGCCUGCAGGCCUGGCCAGCUUGCCUUGCCCUGACCUGGAACAGCUACAUCUGGGCCUGUAUGGUUCAGUAAUUUGGGUGGCCCUGCCCAAGGAGGGAAGCCCUUUGCUCACGUGGAAGUGGCAUCGCACUCUCCAGGAGCUAGACCUGAAUGGCCAGUGCUACCAUGAAGAGGAUCUGAAGCAGGCCCUGAUAGCUUUCUCAAGCACAGAGAGUGGGCACAGCCCCAUCCUUCGCUCUCUCAACCUCAAGGGCACCCAAGUUACUGUGGCAUCUAUCAGCUCUGUGAUCAGCAGCUGCCCAGCUCUCAGCUACCUCAACCUGUCCUCAUGCAGAUACCUUCCUCGGGGCCUGAAGAAGGCCUACCGAGGACAGGCAGAGAUCCAGUGGUGCUUGGACCAGCUCCUUACCGCCACCUAGGACCCAGGCUGAGCUCUUCAGCUGUUUCAUUCACUCCCCCUUCAUCCCUUCCUGGACACUCUUCCUCUUCUCCCAUUUUAAAAACUAUUAAAGAUUUAUAGAAUUAAAAUCCUUUUCUAAAAAUAGCCAGAAGCAUAUCCAUCCUGGGACAGGAAGGAAAAGGUCUGAGGGCAUUGAGGGGGAUUUCAAGCCAGAUUUCCAGAGAUGUCUUAAAUUCAUCAUCUCUGAAAAAGCCCUGGCAUCCACUGUCUUCUGAAUGAAGCCUUUCCUGACUCCUCCCAUGCAACUGCAAGUGUCCUUCUGACAGGCGAUCUUGUAUUUAACUACUUUGUAUAUAUUUGUAUAUUUUUAUAGCUAUGUGUCUUUCUCGUUAGAAUGUAAACUGCUUUUGAGUGGGAUUUUUUUCAUUCUUUAUACUUUUAUCACCAGUGCUUAGUGUGAGAGGCAUGCAGUAGGUGCCUAAUAAAUACUUGUUGAUUGAUUGA